UGCGCGCCCGCCCUAGCUAUCAUGGCGGCUCCCUUGGCCCUGGUGCUGGUGGUGGCCGUGACCGUGCGGGCGGCCUUGUUCCGCUCCAGUCUGGCCGAGUUUAUCUCGGAGCGGGUGGAGGUGGUGUCCCCACUGAGCUCUUGGAAGAGAGUGGUUGAAGGCCUCUCACUGUUGGACUUGGGAGUGUCUCCGUAUUCUGGAGCAGUAUUUCAUGAAACUCCAUUAAUAAUAUACCUCUUUCAUUUCCUGAUUGACUAUGCUGAAUUGGUAUUUAUGAUAACUGAUGUACUCACUGCCAUUGCCCUGUAUUUUGCAAUCCAGGACUUCAAUAAAGUUGUGUUUAAAAAGCAGAAACUCCUCCUAGAACUAGACCAGUAUGCCCCAGAUGUGGCCGAACUCAUCCGAACCCCUAUGGAAAUGCGUUACAUCCCUCUGAAAGUGGCCCUCUUCUAUCUCUUAAAUCCCUACACGAUCUUGUCUUGUGUUGCCAAGUCUACCUGCGCCAUCAACAACACCCUCAUUGCUUUCUUCAUUUUGACCACGAUAAAAGGUAGUGCCUUCCUCAGUGCUAUCUUUCUUGCCUUAGCAACAUACCAGUCUCUUUACCCACUCACCUUGUUUGUCCCAGGACUCCUCUAUCUCCUCCAGCGGCAAUACAUACCCGUGAAAGUGAAGAGCAAAGCCUUCUGGAUCUUCUCUUGGGAGUAUGCUAUGAUGUACUUGGGAAGCCUGGUGGUAAUUGUUUGCCUCUCCUUCUUCCUUCUCAGUUCCUGGGAUUUCAUCCCUGCAGUCUACGGCUUCAUACUUUCCGUUCCAGAUCUUACUCCAAACAUUGGCCUCUUCUGGUACUUCUUUGCAGAGAUGUUUGAGCACUUUAGCCUCUUCUUUGUAUGUGUGUUUCAGAUCAACGUCUUCUUCUACACCAUCCCCUUAGCCAUAAAGCUAAAGGAGCACCCUAUCUUCUUCAUGUUCAUCCAGAUUGCCAUCAUCUCCAUCUUCAAGUCCUACCCGACAGUGGGGGAUGUGGCCCUCUACAUGGCCUUCUUCCCUGUGUGGAACCAUCUCUACAGAUUCCUGCGAAACAUAUUUGUCCUCGCCUGCAUCAUCAUCGCCUGCUCCCUGCUCUUCCCUGUCCUGUGGCACCUCUGGAUUUAUGCAGGAAGUGCCAACUCCAAUUUCUUUUAUGCCAUCACACUGACCUUCAACGUUGGGCAGGCUCUCCAGAGAUUCUGUUGCAGGUGGUUUAGCAAACUUCUCUGAAGUCCCCUCAUCCACUGUGCUGCGUUCCCUCAUGUCAGCUCUGUCCUAAUUGUCGAGUCAAGGUCUUAUGAGAAUCACUUGUACCGUUUACCAUUUCAAUUGUCAUUGGCACAGCCUGGCAUUUCCUGUGCAUAAUGGACGGGAUGGGAAGCAAGGCUCGCCUGAAAGACCAGUGAUGCCAGGGAAUAAUCCCCAGGGAGAUUCUUGCCUCCAAGGUUAGCUGCUGGGAAAAAAGAAGGGAGUUAGGGCUCUUGCAAUGACUGAUGGGUCUGGUAUUUCCUGCAUGGACAUUUCUGGACAACUAAUGUCCAGUCUAGCUAUUUAUCUUGGUUUGUGCACAGCAGGAAGAGAGAUGGAGGAGGGCGCUGUAGCCUGGAUAGGACCAGGCCAGGGGGUCUGUUCUGCUGUCACACACACAGGUUACUGAUGGCAGAUGCUCAGCCCCUCCUACCUGUGUCCACGCAAACAGAAAUCUGCAGGAUGCAACUUAGUACCUUGAAUAAAUCCAAAAGGUUGUUCUGGCU